AUGGAAAAUGGUUUUAGGCAACUUUCAAAUCUUGUCAGUCAUCAGAGAACUGACACAGGAGAGAAACUGUUCUCAUGUUCUGAAUGUGGAAAAUGUUUUAUCACAAAGGCAGAGCUCAUCCGUCAUCAGAGAAUUCACACAGGAGAGAAACCGCUCUUGUUUUCUGAAUGUGGAAAAUGUUUUAUCACAAAUGCAAAGCUUGUCCGUCAUCAGAGAACUCACACAGCACAGAAGCCUUUCUUAUGUAGUAAAUGUGGGAAAUGUUUUGCCAGUAAAUCAGAGCAUGUCAUUUUUCAGAGAACUCACACAGGUGAGGUGAUUGUAGAAUGCAAUUUGGAUUAA